AUGUCCAACAAAAUACUAAACAUAGCUGACCUCCAGGAGGCAGCUUCCAAAUCCCUCCCUGUUUCCGUAAAAGAUUUCUUCAACUCCGGCGCAACAAACCAAGUAACCCUCCACGACAACUACACUGCGUAUAGGAAGUACCGUCUCCUCCCCAGAGUCCUGAAAGAUGUCUCCCAAGUGGACACGGGCAUCUCCCUUUUUGGUCGGGACAUCCUCUUCCCACUCUGUGCCUCGCCCACCGGACUACAAGUAUUAGCCCACCCAGAUGGAGAACUAGCAACAAGCAGAGCAUGUGCCAAGACAGGCGUGAACAUGGGAGUCUCCUCCUACACCGGUUAUCCAAUCGAGCAAAUCACCGAGGCGGGAAACGAAGUGGGGCCUGUCAACCACGUCAUGCAGCUCUACACAUUGAACGACAAAGCUAAACAAGAGCGUAUUGUGCGUCGUGCCGAAGCUGCGGGUUGCAAGGCAAUCUUCUUGACCGCGGAUAGUCCCGUCCUUGGUGUUCGCUGGAAUGAAUGGCGGAAUGGAUUCAAGCCUCCGCCUGGCGUGGCGUAUCCGAUGUAUGAAAAGACAUCGGAUGAGAUCCAGGCGCAAUCUCAUGAUGAUGGGUUCACUUCGACUAAUUCAGAUUCUCAUUCUUGGGCUACGGAGAUUCCGUGGUUGCGCAGUAUUACCAAGAUGGAGAUCUGGAUUAAGGGAGUCCUUACGCCGGAGGAUGUUGAGACUGCUGUUGAAUACGGUUGUGAUGGUGUUAUUAUUAGCAACCAUGGUGGUAGACAGCUAGAUGAGACGCCAGCUACCAUUGAUGCUCUUCCUGCUUGUGCUAAGGUUGCACGAGGACGGAUUAGGAUUCAUAUUGAUGGUGGGAUUCGGUCUGGGGCUGAUAUUUUCAAGGCCCUGGCUCUAGGCGCAGAGUGUUGCUGGGUUGGACGUCCAGUGCUUUGGGGAUUGGCGCAUGAUGGUCAGCAGGGGGUCGAGCUGAUGUUUAAGAUUCUGUACGACGACUUCAAGCGAUGCAUGCAGCUUACAGGCUGUAAAUCGGUUUCGGAGAUUCGCCCGGAGCUUUUGGCUAUUGUUAAUGCAUACGGGCCUUUGGCAAGGCUGUAA